AUGUUGCUUCACUUGCUGAUCUACGCCGUGCCCGCCCUCUGGGUGUUCUGUCUCGUGAGAAACUACUUCGCUCUGCGCUCCAUCCCGGGCCCGGUCGCAGCUCGCUUCACCGACCUGUACCGCCUGCUGCUGGUGUUGGGCCGCAAACCGCACGAGAGGCAGCUGGAACUGCACCGGCGAUAUGGCAACAUGGUGCGGUUGGGGCCCAACUGCGUCUCGGUGACGGGGUCUUCGGCCUACAUUGGACAGAUCUAUGGAAUCGGCAAGGGACUGGUCAAGUCGGAUUUCUACAGCUGUUUCCAGAACAUGGUCAACGGGCGGCGUGCGGCCAGUCUGGUGGCCAUGACCGACGAGUCCGAACACGCCAGGUCGAAGCGUCAGAUUGCCCAUGCAUACUCGCUCAGUACGCUGGUCGAGUAUGAGGAGCUGGUCGAUCACACGAUCGAUGUGUUGUUGGCGACGCUGGAAGAGCGAUAUACCAGCGACAGUCGGGUCCUCGAUUUGGGAAGAUACCUGCAAUUCUUCGCGUUUGAUGUCAUCGGCGAGCUCACCUUCAGCCACCGUCUGGGCUUCAUCGAGUCCGGCGUCGACGUCGACCACAUCAUCGACGCCAUCGGCGCCAACUUCAACUACUUCAGCGUCCUGGGCCAGAUGCCCUGGCUGGACGAAGCCUUUCUUGGAAAGAAUCCCAUUUAUGUCCGGUGGUUUCGCCCGGCCGUGAGCUCGCCUAUCCUGCAGUUCGCCCAGGGUUUGUUGAAGGAGAGACUACAGGACCAGGAGCGAGGAGAAGGAGACGGAGAUGAAACAGAAAUGGAGAGGGAAAAGGGAAAACUGAGCCGGCCCGACUUUCUCAGCCGGUUCUUGAAGGUCAGAAAGGAAGAGGCGGGAGAGGCGGCAUUGACGGAUGGCCAGAUAUUGUCGCAUUUAUUUAUGAACAUCAACGCCGGCAGUGAUACGAUUGCAUCCACUCUACGCGCCAUCUUCUACCACCUCCUCAAAAACCCAGACACGCUGUCCCGGCUGAUGAGAGAACUCGACAUGGCCGUAGCGCAAGGCCACAUCGCCCACCCACCGAGCCCGACCUGGGCCGAGACCCAACAUCUGACGUACCUGUGCGCCGUGGUGAAGGAAGGUCUACGCAUCAACCCUGCACUGUCGUUGCCGUUGGAGAGGGUGGUGCCGGGCCACACACCUAACCCUAACCCUAACCCUAACCCUAACGACAACAAAUCCAACCAUGCCGCCAGUUUCGUUCUUCACCACGACGACGGCUCUCCACCGACGGUCCUUCCACCAGGCACCAUCGUGGGCAUCAACCCGUGGGUAUUCCACCGCAGCGCCGCCGUGUUCGGACCCGACGCGGACCAGUGGAACCCUUCGCGCUGGCUGAGUGAGCAUGAAUCCCAGACCAAGCUCAUGGAACACAGUCUGCUGUCGUUCGGCGCCGGCAAGAGGUCAUGUCUGGGCAAGAACAUCGCCAUGCUCGAGCUGCAUAAGCUGGUGCCGGCGUUGUUGUUGAAGUUCAAUUUGGAGCUUGUCGAUCCGCUUCAGGAGUGGGAGGUCAGUAAUGCCUGGGUGUUGAACCAGACUGGCUUGAAUGUUAGAGUGAUGUUGCGUUGA